GCUUUCCUCUUAUGCGAAAAUUAGGAACAUGCAGUGUCGUGGAGUACUGCCGCUGCGUCACGGGGGCAACUAACUAAGAAUUCCCGCUGUUUGGAAUGACUCAGACUGUGGAGCAUCAUUAACAGACAUGCAGAAAUGUGGACCCAUGCUGUUCGUGCGCCGUAGUCUCUGUCUCCCACAGACGUUCAUCGGCCAUUGGUGCAUAUAGCCGCUAAAGUAGCAAGGCUGAAUAGUUUCCUCUCGGCUUUACAACCAACUGUGGGUUCUCUUGCGCUGUUUAUUUAGCCUCGCUGAUUCGGGUAGCAUUCUGCACACUCAAGGUUCCUUAAUAACCCCGUUUCUUUGUCGUUCCCAACGCAUAACGUAUGGUCCCUACCAUUCCUGUUUUAUUGCAGCUGAUUACCGAACUUGGCCUUCAGGCUCAAUCAUUUCCACCGUACAUAUCCUCCUAGUAUAAUUGUGUUCAAUGGCUUCGACAGAUGAUGUUUCCCGCAGCCGAGCAAAGCUGGAACGCUGUCCUCCAGGUCAUAAUGGUCGGGAUGUUGCCCUCAGCGAAUUGGCGGAGGUUCUCCGCGAUAGAUUCCGGAGAGAGCAUAACAUCGACGACUUGAACGGGGCGAUCACUUUGUGCCGCGACGCCUUGAAACUCCGACCAACUGGGAAUCACAAACGGCCCAUCUCUCUCAUCCAUCUGGCAGCCUGCCUUUCGAAAAGAUAUGAGAACCAGGGGGCAUCUGCUGACUUGGAAGAAGCCGUGACGCUUGGGCGUGCGGCGCUAGAGCUCCGUCCACCAGGGCAUCCCUAUCGUGCCUUUUCUCUCUACAAUCUCGCCUGUGACCUCAAGAAGAGGUUCCAGAAACUAAAUGACAUGCGCGACUUGGAUGAGGCGAUCGAGCUGCAUAGGGUAGCUUUGGAACUACGUCCCUCUGGACAUCUUCAUCGAUCUUCAUCGCUCCAUGAACUUGCUAUCUGUCUCUCGAAUAGACAUGACAAGCAGGGAGUAGUUGCCGACUUGGAAGAAGCGAUCACACUUGGACGUGCAGCACUAGAGCUCCGUCCACCAGGACAUCCCCAUCGUGGCAUACUUCUCCACAAUCUCGCUUGCGAUCUUAGGACGAGGUUCCAGAAACAAGCUAACGCACGCGACCUGGAGGAAGCGAUCGAACUGCAUCGUGCAGCUUUGGAACUACGUAUUGCGCAGAGGAACGGGAGAAACGAAGAGCAAUGGCAAGAACACUUGCCUUUUAUCAGAACGGUAGUAGACUUUGAAGUAAAGCUUGUGAUGCUUGAGGGGCUCAGUUGUUGAGUAGACAAG